CGGGCUGUCCCAAUUAAGCACUUUGUCAGCCGCGGUGGCGGAGUGCUGGGCUCACUGACCACGUGUUCACAGCGUCCCGACCUGCGUAGGGUUUUUGCAAACCAUACCACCAGCUAACAAAGUCAUCCUGCCCCCUGGAAGGCAAGUGCACUCACUCCACCGCUACUUAGCACUGCAGGACACUCACGGCUGUGCUUCCAGAGCUCCGUCCUGUUGCCUUCAGGUUUCACCGGCAAGUGAUCUGAAUGUGUGCUCUGAAGUUUCCCAUCACCAAUUUUUCUUGGAAUUGGACAGAUGGCAGCUACCAUAAUGAUACUGUAUGUGUCUAAGCUUAACCAAAUAAUUCACUUCCCUGAUUUUGACAAGAAAAUUCCUGUAAAGCUAUUUCCUCUGCCUCUUCUCUAUGUUGGAAACCAUAUUAGUGGAUUAUCAAGUACAAGUAAAUUAAGCCUGCCGAUGUUCACUGUACUCAGGAAGUUUACCAUCCCACUUACUUUACUGCUGGAAACCAUCAUACUUGGGAAACAGUAUUCUUGGGACAUCGUGGCCAGUGUUUUCGCCAUCAUUCUUGGUGCUUUCAUAGCAGCUGGCUCUGACCUUGCUUUCAACUUGGAAGGCUAUAUUUUUGUUUUCCUGAAUGAUAUCUUCACAGCAGCCAAUGGAGUUUAUACCAAACAGAAAAUGGACCCAAAGGAACUAGGGAAGUACGGAGUGCUUUUCUACAAUGCCUGCUUCAUGAUCGUUCCAACUCUUAUUAUUAGUAUCUCUACUGGAGACUUUCAACAGGUUUCUGUUGAUGUAUGCCACUGUUUUGUGCAGCUAUUACAAUUCAGCCCUGACGACAGCAGUGGUUGGAGCCAUCAAGAAUGUAUCUGUUGCCUACAUUGGGAUGUUAGUUGGUGGAGACUAUAUUUUCUCUGUGUUAAACUUUAUCGGAUUAAAUAUUUGCAUGGUAGGAGGCCUAAGAUACUCAUUUUUAACUUUAAGCGGUCACUUAAAACCGAAACAACCUGUGGACAUAGAAAACCUCCCUCUGGAUUUGAAGAGCUAGAAUCUGGAGCUAAAUUGUGGACUGGCUUGCAGAUUGGGGCUGGGGGCAGCGGGGGAGAAGGCAUCCCCAGACUGCAGCGGGGGAGAGGGCAUCUCCAGACUAGAAAUGUGAAGCUGGACAUUUGGGAUGUGGAACACCUACUCUCCUGGUUAAAGCACAAAUAUGAUGACUGAAAAAACUCAAAGAGAAUCUACCUACCUCACAUGCCACCAUACAUGAGCCAUAGUAGGCCCUGAGAACUGUAUCUGGGCAAAGCCUUACCUACAGAAAUGAAUUUUUUCCCUCUAACUAAGCCAUUGGGCAAAGGGGUUUCCUUUCCUCCUCUCCCUUCCCUUCACCUCCCCUCCCUUUCCUUCCCCUCCCCCCUCCUCCUCUCCUCCUUUUCCCUCCCCCCUCCCUCCUUCCUUUCUCUUUCCCUCCGCCCUCCUUCCCUUCCCCCUCCUGCUUCUCUCCUCCCUUCCCUUCCUCCUCCUCCCUCUUCUCCCCUCCCCUUUCAUUCCCAUCCCUCCCCUCUUCUUCCUCUCCCUUCUCCUACCCUUCUCUUUUCUCCUUCCUUCCUUCCUUCUGUCCUUUUAUCACUACCAGAUAUAUCAGUGGUGUUUGAUGUCUCUGCUAUGAAUCAGUUGUUCCUGGUGUCCAUUAUUUUCCUUUAAAAAUUUUAAUUUUGGGGGAGUCGGCGGUAGCAUGGAGGGUUAAGCGCACAUGGCGCUAAGCAUAAGGACCGGCAUAAGGAUCCUGGUUCCAGCCCCAGGCUCCCCACCUGCAGGGGGGUUGCUUCACGAGCAGUGUCUGUCUGCAGGUGUCUAUCUUUCUCUCUCCCUUUCUGUCUUCCCCUCCUCUCUCCAUUUCUCUCUGUCCUAUUCAACAACAACAAGAAGAAUAAAACAAGAGCGACUAAAGGGAAUAAAUAAGUAAAUAAAUAUUAAAAGAAAAGAAAAGAAAAGAAAGGCAGAGUGGAGGGGCUGGCUAGAAAACCUAAUGGUUGUGAAAAAAAAUUAAUUUUGGUAUGACAAAUUGAGAGGGAGAGAGGAAGAGACACACCUGCAGCACUGCUUCACGGAUCACGAAGCUUCCCCCUCAGCAGGUUGGGACUGGGGCCUCGAACCUGGAUUCUUGCUCAUGGUAAUGUGUGUACACAACCCAGAGGGCCAAUGCCCACCCCUUAAAGGGAUUCUUUUCAAGGGCGGAAGCCCCAUGGCUUGGUCACACAUCCACAGAUCUGUCUGUGCUGCUAUUUGCAGACACUACGUGUGCUGCUGCUGCUGCCCUGUGAAGUACUUUUCGAUUGGUACUGUGGUCCUGAUUUCAGGUCCAGCAAAGUGCCGUUUGGAAUAUUUGUUUUAGUUUAAGCAGACAUAUUUUUCUCUUCAUGAAAUAAACCAAUGAACUGCAGUUUGUCAGCUCUGAUUUGCUUUUACAUGUUAAUAGCUUUGCCUAAUUAUUAAAGUAAAAUAAAAAAUAAUUUUUUGUGU